GAGGUCGCAGCCGAGCAGCCGUGCAGCGCUCGGGAACACAUGGACGCGCCGGAGCGCUCCCACACGACAAAGCUGCAGCGCGUCUGGAAACCAGGAACGGCGCUCCGGGAGCAAAAAAAACCCCACUCCACAAGCUCGUUUCUGCAGCUUCACCUCGAUCCCAGACAAACUUCACACACUUCGUAGUUUGUGAGAAGCUCCCAGUCCCCCCCGACUGAACUUCACAUGGAUGUGAGUUGCAGAGAGAAGCAUCCGCGCGCCGAGUAACUGCUGGACGGAGCGAACAGAACUGAACCAAAGGAGAGAGUCUCGUACCUGAUCCUGCUUGUUGCACUUUUUUGGGUCUCGGGUUUGACACACAAGGAGCAAAAAGGGGGAGAGACCGAGCACGUGUGCGCGUGUGUGCAGGAGAGAGAGAGAGAGAAAGAGAGAGGUAGAAAGAGGGAGGGAGAGAGAGAGAAAGAGAGAGAGUCGCACGGGAUUUUUUGGAGCUACGCGUUAAUGCCGUCAGUCUUGCGGACUCUGAGAUGGACGUCAGGUUUUAUCCAGCUCCCCCUUCAAGCGUGGGUUCUUGUACGUUACCGACUGACUCCGGAUUGGACUAUUACCAUUCGAACAAGACAAGAUACGCUGCUGCAGAUCGAGGUGUGAGGCUCUACAGUUCCCUGCCCAUGCGCCCAAACCCCGACGGCAAGAGACUGCCCUCUACUGGGUUUGAUGGUGACAACAUGUACAUGAACGAAAACAACCACGAGUUCCUCCCGCCAAACCAGAGCUACACAGGUCAGACAGGCGGUGGUGGAGGAGGAGGCGGCGGAGGCGGCAACUCCAGUGGAAACGGGGAUGAAGACUAUGAGAUCCCCCCCAUCACUCCACCUAACCAUCCCGAGCCUCCUCUUCUUCACCUGAUGGAGCACGACUCUACAGGCUACCUCUGUCACUCGCUGCAACACAAUGGGCUCAUCAACCCAUAUUCCUACCCAGAGCUGCCCACACUCAUGAUGUCUAACAUGCUGGCGCAGGACGGCCACCUUGUCUCCAGCCAAAUGCCCACGAUGCAGGAGAUGGCUUUGCACCACCACCAACAGCAACCCCAUCACCAGCACCCCGAUGGCGCUCAUUACGAUCCCGCCCGUAACCGACCCCUGAUAAACAACUCACCUCCGAUACUGCCCAACCCCAUGAGCGCACUGUCCCAGUUAAACCCUCAGCUCAGCCGGAGUGCUCUGCCUCAUGGCUCCCCCUCACCUCCCGGGAGUAAAUCAGCCACACCCUCCCCUUCAAGCUCCAAUCAGGAAGAGGAGACUGAUCCUCAAUCGAAGAUCACGGGUGAGAAGCGGCCAUCUUCAGAGAUCAUGAAGCCCAAGCCCAAACCCCAAAAGAAGAAGAAGAAGAAGGAUCCGAAUGAGCCCACGAAGCCCGUGUCGGCCUACGCCCUGUUCUUCAGAGACACCCAGGCGGCCAUCAAAGGACAGAACCCCAACGCCACGUUUGGAGAUGUGUCCAAAAUAGUUGCCUCCAUGUGGGACGGACUGGGAGAGGAGCAGAAGCAGAACUACAAGAGGAAAACAGAGGCUGCUAAGAAGGAGUACCUGAAAGCCCUGGCCGCCUACAGAGCCAGUCUGGUUUCCAAGACAUAUAAUGACCCGGUGGACCCAAAAAGCUCCCAGACAAGCCAGGGUUCUCCACAUAUGAUGCCAGCUAACGCGCCCCUGUACAGUGUGCCACCUCCCCCCCAAGCAUCAUCGCCCUACCUGGGUCCAGGGGCCUUCCCUCUAGCUGACCUGCAGAGCUACGCAGGACACGCUCCUCGCCACUCUCUGUCACAGACGCUCAGCCAGUCGCAGAUGCUGCCCAGCAUUAGUGCCUCUCCCCCUUCCUCCUUCCAAAUCAGCCCACCCCUUCACCCCCACCAGCAGCUGUCCCUGCACCAGAGCUCGCUCCUCAACCAGCCUAUCCGCAUGCAGCAGGUCCAGUCCCAGCCAAUCAUCUCCCACCAGAUGGGGCUUCAGGCCGCCCUUCACUCCCCACCUCCGGGACAGCAGGGGUUUUCCCACCUCCAGUCAGAGUACCAGAAGAGCAUCGGAGGUUCCCAGUCUCCAGGAGCCCCUGGCCCUGGUCCAGGACCUGGAGUGGGUCAGACCCACGACUGGGACAGUGAUUACUGCAAUCGGGAGUGUGGCAACCACUGCAGUGGCAGCAUGAUAGGCAGGGACAAGCCACUCUACCUCACCUGAAACUGAAGAUCCAACUCUGUUGACAAAUACGACACCAAGGAGUCUCUACUCUCAACACCCCCCACCCCUCCCCCCUUUCUCGUCUCCCGCCCCCAGCCAUCCUCCGAUGCACACACUUACAUGCAGAUACAGAUACACACACACACACACAAAACACACACACACAUUCAGCUUCCUCCACACCGCCACCUUUUUUUUUUUCCCCAAUUGUAAAUGUAAUUAUUUUUCUCAGUUUGUAGAAUUUGUGAGCAGAGUUUUCCGAGUAGAUGACUACUGUCUGUACCACUUAUUGUAUUAGCAGUCCUCUUGCUGUUUAAAUUUGCCAAGCACUUAUGAAGCCUCCCUGCCCUCGUCCAGGCCUCUCCCUCCACACUUCCUGAGUUGUGCUUUUAAGCCCUGUGUGAUUUAGGACAGGGCCGUAGAGCGCUGCUCCCGUGGGUCCCCAUUAAAGUCCCCUGAGGGACGCCAUCCAGCUUUAAUUAGAACAAGAAGAAAACAAUUAUUCUUCUUCCUCCUUUAAUCACUUUUUUUUAUUGUUGUUGUCUUAUUUAUUUCUGGCUUGCAAAAUCUUUCCUCAUAUUUUAUUUUUAUUUCAUGUUUUUAUUUUUUUUUAUUUUUUUUUUUGCCAGUAACUGAUUGGCCCCGAGAAAUGUUAACUUUUAGUAUGUUCAGCGCAGGCCUUGAUGUUUUGGUAGCUUUGCUUAAGGGGCUAAAAAAAGAAAUACAAAAAGCUUUUGUGGGAAAGAGAAAGAAAACAAAAGAAUAUAUUCUUUUUUUUUUCUUUUUUUUUAAAUAAUAACGACCUGUUGAGGUCUACUGAGCUGUCACAGUGUGAUUGUAAAUAUCACUUUUACGGGAUAAAAUUGGGAAUUGGAAGUCCAGAUAGAUUUGUUUCUUCUUUAAUAUUACAUGUAUGUUAUUGAGAGUGCGUGCGUACGUACGUGCGUGCGUGUGUGUGUGAGUGAGCAGGUGUGUGUGUGUGUGUGUGUGUGUGUGUGUGUGUGUGUGUGUGUGUGUGUGUGUGUGUGUGUGUGUGUGUGUGUGUGUGUGUGUGUGUGUGUGUGUGUGUGUGUCUGUCUGUCUGGACAUUAGAAAGUAACGCAUUCAUGAUGUGAGCAGCCGAGUGUGUACGUGCGCCGGCACAUACGUGUGCGCGUGAGUGGCUCAGUGUUGGAGUCUUUCUCGUGAAUUUUAACAGCCUUGUGCAGCUGGAUUUCAGAGGAGUAUUUCACACUUUCGUUCUUGCAUUAAAUCUGUGCUCACUGGUGUGUUUUUUUCCAAUAAAGUUCAAUCUAAAACUGAAUACACAAUAUGUGUCCUGCAGAUCAUUAAAUGGAAAGAGUCAGGUGAGAGAUAGAGAGUAUAGAGACAGAAAAGGAGAAUGAAGCGUUUUGAGAUAAAAUGAGAUGUAAUGUUGCAGGUGGGGGGAAAAAAAAAAACAAGAAAAAAAAAUAUAUUGCCUCAAAAUGCCUGCCCCUCCUGUUUGUAUUUAUUUUUGUCUGACCAUGAUGUCCAUGUAUUCUCAUCAACAUGCAGAAGUGAAGACCUGCAAUAUGUGAAAGAAGCCGUCACAUCCACAUUACAGUGAUUUUUACAAGUUUCUGGUUGUGUUGAGCUCUUGUUUUUAGCUUUUAUGUGAUUAACAGAAAUGCAUUUUGCUGACAAAGGCAUCUCGUUUUUAUCUCAUACGUGUAGCAGAAUUUCAUUUUUAGCUGCUGCAAAGACAAUAACAUUUUCAGUUGUGUUGAAAGAAAAAAAAAUGAAAUGAAAAAACAUCUGCCAAUUGUAGUUAUUUUAUUUGUAAAGCCAGUAAUUAUAAAUAUUUUAAAUGGUUAUCAGUACAUUGUUUUCUGGUAGUCGCCCAUCAGCUUUUUUGACAGGUUCUUAUUUAUGAAAGAAAUGAGUUCAUUUUUGCUUCUUAGAACGGAGGUGUAUUUUUAUUCCUAUUCUAUCAUUUUUGCUUUGGUUUGAUAAAAAAAAAAAAGAAAAAAAUGAAAAUGACCACCACAACAGUGAUUAUUUUGUUAUUUUUUUUAUAUUUUGGAUGCUGCCUCUUUCUUUCCUUGCUGGCAGCUCUGGUUUUGUCACAAUGCUUCUUUUAUUUCAGACCUGCAUAAUAAAGAAAAAAAAGUUUUAAAAGUG